AUGUCCAACACAUUAUCCUACAAUGGCAGCAAAUCAGGCUAUCACCACCCAGCAUUCUUCGCGCGGGAGUCUAAAAAUGCCCAAUAUAUCAUCCACCUUGAGAGGUUGUUGAAUAAAGCCAGAGAGACAAAUCAGUGUACACAAAUCACCCAUAAUGAACUCCUUAAGAGAUACAACCAACUUGAUGAACAUCACAAGCAGCUGGCAGAGCAGCAUGAACAUCUUCAAGAGAUACAUGCCAAGUCUUUGGCUACUAGAGGUGAGAUUAUUGACAAACUAUCUGAUGCCCUCAAGGCUCAAAAGCUUGCGGAUGCAAUGAUCAAAAUUUUGGAAGAGAAAGUCCAAAUGUGCCAACGCGCUGCAUACAUGCAUGACAAUGAUAUGGGCGAUGAGAAUGUCUGA